AUGGAAGCCGUAAAAUAUUUUAUAAACAAGGUGGUAGAGACGACACAACUAAUUUUGGAAGAAGAAGAGGAGGAGGUAUCGUCACAACCACGAAACAGGAACCCACACAUCGAGCGAGACCGAGAAAGUGCUAACCAAAGAUUAUUCGCCGAUUACUUUGCCGACGAGCCGUUGUACUCGGAGGCUAUUUUUAGACGCCGUUUCAGAAUGAGUCGUCGACUCUUCUUACGUAUUGCCGACGAUUUAGCCGCUUAUCACCCGUUUUUUACCUUGCGACCCGAUGCUAGAGGCAAAAUGGGCUUCACCACCUUACAGAAAUGCACUGCGGCGAUUCGUCAACUAGCUUAUGAGACGGCAGCCGAUGCUUGGGACGAAUACUUAAAGAUGUCCGAAAGAACUGCUAGAGAAUGUUUAUACAAGUUUUGCAAAUUUGUGGUGAGGCUCUACAGCCAAAAAUAUUUGCGAAAACCGCAUUACAAUGACGUCCAAAAUUUGUAUCAACACCACAAAGCAAGGCACGAUUUUCCAGGCAUGCUCGGGAACAAUGAUUGCAUGCAUUGGGCAUGGCGGAAUUGUCCUACCGCUUGGCGAGGAAUGUAUACGCGAGGCGAUCAGGGACAUCCAACAAUAAUUCUAAAAGCUGUUGUGUCUCAAGACCUAUGGAUUUGGCAUGCUUUCUUUGGGAUUCCUGGUUCGAAUAACGACAUCAACGUUCUACAAAAUUCUGAGGUUUUUUACGAUGUUAUAAAAGGGAUUGGUCCUGAUACGAGGUUUACGGUUUUGGGAGUGGAGUACAGACGCGGGUAUUAUCUUGCCGAUGGAAUAUACCCACAAUACUCUACAAUUGUUAAAACGGUUAGGCAUCCUUCAGAUGAAAAAAGAAAGAAAUUUGCCAAGUUUCAAGAAGCGGCUAGAAAAGAUAUUAAACGGUUUUUUGGGGUUCUCCAACAAAGAUGGCAUAUUAUUGAAAACCUAGCACGCGCUUUUACACCCAAAACGUUGUGA